UUUCUACAAUGUGAUCUAAUAACAUUGUUAAAAUCAAAUUGAGUUGCAAACACUUCCAAUAAUACCACUUACCUAUAAAGGUGGAUAUCAUCGUGAAGACUAUGAUUCUUUUGGUUCAUUUCACACUUCAUUUCCCAAAUUUUCCCUAGAGGAUACGUAUUUUGAUUGAGGUAUAAACAUACCACCGACGAUGCCCGAUUAUAUGAAAAUAUGAAGCUACUAUUUAGAGCUAUGAAAAAGUCAAGUAGAGGAACGCCAAAAAUACAAGAAAAUUGUUGCAUGCAAAGACAACAAAGUAAUUGUUAUAAAACAAUACUAUUAUUGCCAGACCAAAUGCCUUUUGGUUGCUGUAUAAUUGCAUCAUUCAUGAAUUUAUUGUUCAUUUGUCUUAGAUUUGUUUUUUUCUUUGACAUAACUUUUUGUUUGGAAUGUCAUCGCUAGUGUUUUGCAAUACUCGUAGCAUUUAAUUUAGUAACUUAUUUAACAAUGAAAAUAAUUCAUUGUCCAAAUUACCUUAAAUAUUAUCACCACCUGUUAAUUGUUAAAUACCAGUUAAUUAACUUUUUUCUUAAAAAAAGUUGAUUUGAAAAUACGUUUCUAAAAUAAAAAUCAUGUUUUGCGUGUGGACGAUGGGAAAUUGGUAAAAUAGUUGGUGCGUCCCACUAAAAUGGAUAUUGAUAAUGCUUAACUUUGGUCGCUAUAAAUAUUCCAUAACGACAUUAGCUAUCUCUCCUUCGCACAAGAACAGGAUGGGCCCAAGUCUUUUGGACGCACUCAAUGUCAGAGUAGUCGGCUCCGGCAAGAAAUUCAUGGUUCUCGCACACGGAUUGGGCACCGAUCAGUCUGUGUGGAGUCGCAUUCUCCCUUACUUCCGUACUCACUACAGAGUCAUCCUCUACGACCUUGCUUUCGCCGGCAGCGUCAACCCUGAUUACUUCGAUUUCAAUCGCUACAACUCUCUAGACGCUUAUGUCGACGACCUUCUUCAAAUCCUUGACUCUCUCGGCGUCGAUCGGUGCUUUUACGUCGGUCAUUCACUUUCGUCGAUGAUCGGAAUCCUUGCGGCUAUUCGUCGACCUGAGCUCUUCUCCAAGCUCAUCCUCAUCGGCGCUUCUCCAAGGUUCUUAAACGAUAAAGAUUACCACGGCGGAUUCGAAGCAGGCGAGGUGGAGAAGGUUUUCCUAGCAAUGGAGUCGAACUACGAGGCAUGGGUGAACGGAUUCGCUCCGUUAGCAGUCGGCGCCGAUGUACCGGCAGCUGUACGCGAAUUCAGCCGGACGUUGUUCAACAUGAGGCCGGACAUUUCACUCUUUGUUUCUCGGACGGUGUUCAACAGCGAUUUAAGAGGAAUACUUGGCCUAGUGAGGGUGCCGUGUUGCAUAAUUCAAACGGCAAAAGACGUAUCUGUACCGACUUCGGUGGCGACGUACUUAAAGGAACACCUUGGAGGGCGGAACACGGUGGAGAUGAUGAACGUGGAAGGCCAUUUGCCUCAUCUGAGCGCUCCGGCCUUGUUGGCCCAUCAUCUGAAUAGAGCACUUUCUAGAUGAUAAUUUUUUUUUAUCGAUGUUCUUUGUGGGCCUUCAUGGGCCUAACUGAAUGACUAUCUAUAGUUUUAUCCACUUUUUAAGUUUAAGAAUAUUGGGAGAAUAUGGCUACAGAUGGUGACACCUGGCGAAUAAUUUGUGGACAAUGGGGAAAAGGAUAAGAAAGGAUCUUCACUGCUGACGUGUCCAUCUAAUUUUUAUUUUGUUUUUCCUUUUCUCAUGUGUCCGUACGAAAAUCCAAUAUUUGAAUUUACGUUCAAAUUUAUAAAUAGUUUCUUUCGGUUUUAUGUAGUUUAUUAUAAUUUUGUUCGGGAUAAAAAUAUAUUAUUUGAGGAAAUUCUUAAAUGAGAAAAAUUUACCAUUUUAUAAUUUAAUAAUAAA